UGUUUAAGUUCUGAGUGAUUAUGAUGCAAGCUCAUUGUUGUCGGUUAUAACUAAAUAUACCGCUAGUGAAGGUGGGUAACUUUGCACACAGAUACUAGAUACCUUGCGCUAUGACGGCGGUGAGUGCACGUCUGACAGUCGUUUGCGGAAGUAGAAUGAGUGCAGCGGUGCAACAGUGAUGAGCUUGACUAACUGUAUAAAAACCUAUAAAAUUGUCCGUAUUAAAAAAAGCCGUACUAAAAAAUUGCUAAGUAGUUCAUAAUAGUAAAUGCAAAAGAGGCGAGCAAAUAGACAGACUCGACAAGGCGAGCAAUUGUUGGUAGGCGGAAUAGAGCUAGUACAACGAAAUUGCAACAUUCUCACAAAUAAGGCGAGUAAUAAGUGCAACAACAAAUACGACAGCAACUGAUUGUGACUGACAAUUGUUUAUCAACACAACAAAAGGUGCUUAUUUGCAUGCUUAAGCAGAGCCAGUGCCCAACAGAUUCCAUUAAGUGCUGUUUUUUUCAACGUGUUUAAACAAAUUUCUAAUUCAGCGAGUGCAUGAAAAGCGGUCGAUAAAUUAGCAGCGUAACUGUGGAAAAUUUAAAUAUUUAAGUGCUGCUAAUAGAGCCGAACAACAACAAAAGUAAGAGCGUAAAUAAGUUUAGCGAAAAUUCGUAGCAGUGACUUUGAGUAGCUUUAGGGACGCCGCGCAAUACGCUCCCUCAGCAUGCCGCUACGCGCUUGUAGGCCAAGCGUUUGACUCACAGUCAACGGCGAACGCACGACGCUUGCGACGCUAGCGCAGCUAAGCUCAGUACAUUUCAUAACAUUACGCUUCAGUUUGGUUCAGUUCAGCUCAGCUAUGCUUGGUGCGCGCUACACUCGUGUGCGUUUCAAGCUCACGCGCGCUUGUCAAACGGUUAGCCUAGUUCAAUGGCUUAGUGCUUAGAUAACGUUUUCGUAGAAUAAAAAAAUAAGUCUCAGAAUCGAGGUGUUGGGAACACCACACUACUUUACGCUAUUUUUGGACUGCGCGCUAUCGUCUCAGUGUUCUAAUCAGCUCCAACGGCGUGUCAAUGUUCGCGCCGUGCAAAGCGCCUUGGUGUCGCCUCGCCAUUUGGCUAAUAGUCGGUGUUAUUGUGUUGCUGCUGCUAAUGGUGCUCAUCGCUCUGACCAUCUUCGGCAGUCAUCCGUGCGCAGGCGCUCUAGAUGGCUGCGACGCAUUCAAAGCGAUUUGCGCUUCGUAUAACGGUGAUCAUCAGUUCUUCUACAGCCACUGUGAUAUGCUGCGGGAGAAUUGCCUAACCGGCAGCGAUUGGCAACGCGAUCACUACAAUCACUGCAAUGUAAAUCAUUAGUUGAAAAGGAGUGUUCGAUUCAUGUAGCAAUAAGUUGAGUAGUAGUUAACUGAACUUUAUUAAUUGAUAAUCAUAACAAAAUACCAAUGUGCUCAUUCCAAAGACUACAGUUUGUUUAAGCGAUAAUAUUUAAAAAUUUUAUUUAUAUUAUAGUUCGAUAUAUUAUUUAAAUAUAUUAUAGUUUGAUAUUUUAUUAUUAUAUUAUAGAAGUAUAGUUAUUAUAACAAAAAAUGUAUGUUAAUUAAUAAAUAUUGUUUUUGAUUUGGAAACAUAAAGUAUUUAUAAUGAAUUCGUUAUAUAUUUUUUAAUAUAAAUUAUAUUUUUUAAUUAAAACUAUAACUACGUUAACUUUGAAAGUAUAAGCACAAUUUUUAAAAUAUUAGACGCCGAGGUAUGAUGUACCGCAAUUUACCAUUGAAGGGUUAAGGGAUUAGGUAGUUUUCGAUCAAGGAGUUUCUUCGACCAUCGAAAUGCGAGGUCUGGAGCCUAGUGAAACUUGGAUUUUGACACCAUCAAUUUUAGAAGCAUUAGGGCAAAAUAUUGAUAGAUCUGCAAGUAUAGCAGAUUAUUUGUGACAAAACGGCAUAGAAUAUUAUGUUUAAGGAAGAUCUUCACUGUAGAUCUAACUACAAACCAUGCGAAUCAAUGCGGCGUCCUCUCCCAGAAACGCUACGAACUUUUCAGCUCGACUCGUAUAUACCAAGAUAUUGAAAUACGAACAAAUGUUUGCAUUUUAGAAAAUGAUGAGAAAUUUUAUUUUUCAAGUAUUAUUUAUUAUCUAACAUGACAUGACGACACAACCUUGUCAUGAGCAAUAUUAGUGCAAUAAUAUUAAAUUCAUGAAUUAAAAGUUUCCUAAAUGACUCAUUUAUAAAAAGAACGCCUCAUAUUGCAUUUAACAUGUUUGCUGUAAUAAGAGCUUCGAGUGAGCAACCGUAAGAGGACAAUCACCUGGCGAUUGCGACAGUGCGUCACUACAUUAUCUAGACCUUGAAGAGAGCGCAAAACAUUACUGUACUUAGUGACGUGUGUAAACAGUUGCUGUGCCGCUUUAAAUGAAUGAAACGCUGAAUGAACGGCGUUCAAGCGCGUAUUUACUGUUUACUACGAGCGCACUGAGUCGCUUGCGUAUUACUUCUUUCUCCGCUUUUUCGCACUAUUUUUAACGAGCGGAGCACGCUUUUACAAUAUAAAUUUUAUUAUAUAAUACACUUAUGUUACUUGCAUAUUUAAGUCUGCUGCUCGGAUAGAAAGCAUAAGCAAUAAAACGUGACAAAUUGGUGGCUAAAUUAUAAUUACCGCUAUGUUGCUUUAAUUUCGAUAUGCCAAAAAAACAGUCGCUAGUUAAACAAUUGUUAAUUUCAAUGUUUGUAUGUUUUCUCUUACGCUGAGUUUAGUUAUUGCUUGUAAUGGAACAUUUUGCAAUUUAAAAGCCAGUUAAAGUAUUAAAUUUGUUCACUUAUCAUUAUGUACAUUUGUACUUCAUUCGUUGACACUUGUUUAUUGACAACUUAUAAGAAAGCUUUGUUUAAAUUUGUAUUAUGUCCAAGUACAUUUACUUUGCUUUAGUCUUUUUGCUGCCGCAUAAAGAAAAAGCUGUGCAAAUAUUGCGCUGAAGUUUCAUUCAAGUUUAUAAAGAAAAGCUUGAAAUAUUAUA